CACGUGCAGGCAGAGAUUAGUUUAAUUUGGCAUCGUGUACAGCAUAGACAUUGUGGGCCGAAGGGCCAGUUCCUGUACUGUACCGUUCUGUGUUCCAACUGCCCACAGAGUCUGUCCCUCCGUUCCGUGUAAGUGACCAGACAAGGCGGGCAGAGAGGAACGGCACGGCACGGAACGGCGAGGUGGGGCUAGGAUGAUUGUAGAGGCUCGCUGAUCAUUCCCCGCCCGCUGGUGCAGAGAGAGAGAGAGAGAUAGAUGUGUGUAUGGCCCGGCGCCAAGUGUCACCCAUUGUGCAGCGAUGAGGAGCGAGUGCGGGCGGCUCCGGAGAACAGCGCAAUGGGGAACAGUCACCAUAAGAAGCGAGUGGCCCAAAGCGCCAAACCGCGGCCCGUCUGGCAAAUCGGCCUCGGUCGCCGACCGGGAAAGAAGAAAGCAGUCUCCUCUCAGUCUGAUGAUGAAGCAAAGUGGACAGUGCACUAUAGACCAUCUCUGUAUCAACAUCGGCAGGAGAACGUCUUCCUCCCGUCCACUCGACCCGCUGAUAUAGAGGACCUGCACAAAGAGGCGGAACUCGGCCUGAGAUCCCUGCAGGAGCAAGGGACCUUGGAAAGUUGCUCGCAACCCCAGCUGCGAAAUGUCCAGGAAAGUAUGGACAACUGUAGUGAGGCAGAUGGAGAUCUGCCGGUGACCCCAAACUCCAGGUCAGGUGGGCCUGGCGAUGAAGUGUGGACAAAGACACGCUCACUUCCACCGCCCACUCCCGAUGAAAUCCGAAAGACUGCUCUGGGAAUCCAGCCAUCGGUCAGCUCAGCCGGAAUAAAGUUUAAACCGCAAGAACAGCAGAAGACUCAAUCUUCCUUUAAAGCACCAAAACUGAAAGAGAAACGGAUUCGGAGAUCGACGAUCAUGGGGCUUCCCCAACACGUGCAAGAGGAACUGGGUCUUGGGAAAGGGUCCCGUCCUUCGAAGACGGCUGGAACAGAACUGGCCGCAGACAACGCUGGCGUGGUCUUGGUAUCCAGGGGCGAUGAGAACUAUUGUUUUAAUAACGUCUCCCAUUUACAGGCCAGGAGCUCCUUGCGAUCUGUAACUUUUACUGACCCUUCAAGGGUAGACAAUGACUUUCGAAACACCUUAGAACAUAAUUACCAACUCAACUGGGCACUAAUCAACUCUUGCAACAGGUCAAAUUCGUUAGCAGUUCAAAAAUCACCUGGUGAACUUCCCAGUCCAGUCAUGUCCAUGUCACCUCAGGCAACGUAUUUAUCCAAGAUCAUUCCCAACGCCAUCCUGCCUCCCGCUGUGGAUGUGGUGAUGAUCAACACCAGUCAGAACAAUCUGCGUAAACUCAGUAACAGUAGCGUUCUGUCCACUCCCUCCCCAGCCAUCUCUCGAUCCAUCUCCAUACACACCUACGAUGCAAGAGAUUACGCUUCCAGUGAUGCCUGGAGUCAUUCCCAGUCUUCGGAAACCAUCGUAUCCAACAAUUCCACAAUCUCGUCGCAGGGAAACACCGAAACGCCAUUAAAUAAUCAUUCCAAGCAAGAAGUUGGUGAGAAAGCUGAUCACAACUUAACAGAUUCACCUGUGAAUCAGCGAGCCAGUACCAGCAGAUGGGUGAGUGCGUGCUCUGCACACCAGAACUCUCAACCCACUCAGGCCAACAGCAAUGGUUAUGGAGGCCAGUCACUCUCUCCUGCACAAAGCACAUGCAGUAUUGUUGAUGCAUCUGACACGCACAGCAUGAUCAGUGAACAGUCUGUCACCAGAAGCCUGUCGGUCAGAAAAAUGCGUAAACCCCCCGCUCCUCCGCAGAGAAUGCAUUCCUUGCAGCAGGGUGAGGACCCGGGGCACACUGCUCCAGGAGAUGAUCAAAGUUCCCAACCUAGUACCACUGUAGAUUCUGCCGUCAGUCAAAAGCUGGUGUUGCCCCACAAUGGAACACGGACAAUAUCCAACGGGAAUAUCCUUCAGUCACCAAAGACUUCACACCAUCGACUCGAGCAAACAGCCCUGUCCAGUCUCUGCCCGAUACAGAGUGGAAGCCCGCUGACAGUGACCACCCUCGUGCCUCCCCCGUCGCCAACUGGAAUGUCCAAGCCCAAUGCACCACAGAGAUCUUGCUCCCUCCACGGCCCAGAAACCGUUCCCUCCACAUCCUCACGCUACGCCAACCUGUUUGAUAUCCCUCCUCCUCCUUCCUCACCGGCCCCACCCCCUCCCAAUGUACGACAACCAAAGUUCCCUGCAGCAAUGUUGUAUCACUGGGGACCAGAGAGAAUCCCACCUCCCCCACCAGGGCCAGCCCCGUUACCUCCCACAAGGAGACCUUCCUUCCUCUUCAACAAAGCCACACAUGGACCUCGUCCCCACCACUCUCCUCCCACCUCCACCCCCACACCUGCACCAACCCCAUUGGUCACCUCCACACCUGCACCAACCCCAUUGGUCAUCUCCACACCUGCUCCAACCCCAUUGGUCACCCCCACACCUGCUCCAACCCCAUUGGUCAUCUGCUCCAACCCCAUUGGUCACCUCCACACCUGCUCCAACCUGCUCCACACCUGCCAACCCCAUUGGUCACCCCCACACCUGCUCCAACCCCAUUGGUCAUCUCCACACCUGCUCCAACCCCAUUGGUCACCUCCACACCUGCUCCAACCCCAUUGGUCAUCUCCACACAUCUGCUCCAACCCCAUUGGUCAUCUCCACACCUGCUCCAACCCCAUUGGUCAUCCCACACCUGCUCCAACCCCAUUGGUCACCCCCACACCUGCUCCAACCCCAUUGGUCACCCCCACACCUGCUCCAACCCCAUUGGUCAUCCCCCACACCUGCUCCAACCCCAUUGGUCAUCUCCCCACACCUGCUCCAACCCCAUUGGUCACCCCCACACCAGCUCCAACCACGGCAGUCAUUGGUCCAGCCUUGUUGGCUUCAGACUUGUUGCCCAUUGACUCGGAGACCAAACCUGCCUCUGGGGCCACAUCUGUCCCUGGGGCCACAUCUGUUUCUCUGUCCAACCACACAGCCCUGCAGCACAAGCCCUUCCCCCACACCCCCUCCAACCACGGCAGUCAUUGGUCCAGCCUUCCCCUCGGUUCCUCGCCCCACCCCCCCAAAGUAAGCCUCUCCUCAGCCCCUCCCCCGCUCGUGUCACCUGUGGCCACCAAGCGACCUCAGCCAAAGACACAGUCAGCCAGUCGGCCUCUAGAGGGACAGGUCUCCCCCACACCCGUAGUGACCGGUGGGGGCUGGAGCAGAGGUGGGGCGCUGUCUGCUGGAGGGGUCACUGACGGAGAGGGGGGGUCACCACAUGUUGCCCCCUCCCUGCUGCAGAUGGUGCGGCUGCGCUCUGGACAGAUGAACCGGUCAGCAGUGGCCAUUCCAGACCCCAGACCACCGGUCAAGGGCAGCACCAACACUGUGCUGGACCCCGUACCGGGAUCCCAUGGCCUGAGCCAGGCCACGCUGCCGGUCAAGGGCAGCACAGCCGCGCCCAACAAACCCGCUCGCAAGUCCCUGACCCAGCGCUUGUCCACCACUGACCCCGGGCCCAUCCCCAUCGCACCCCUCCAGCUCAGGUCCCCUCCCCUCAGUCCCAACGCUCAGGGAAGCGUCCUGCUGAAACAUGCUGAGGAGGAGACCCCACUCAAGUCUCCGGCCUCCACCGCCAGCUUUGUCUUCUCCAAGAACGUGGGCUCCAAGAAGCUGGUGUUCGACAGCCCACGGUCACCAGAGGCCGAGGCUGAGGCCAAGAGGAACCUGAUGGCCGAGCUGAGCUCCGUGUCGGGCCGAAUGGCCUCCAAGGGCUGGUCGGGCCUGUCGGGUAAAGCAGCCCCCGAGGCUCAGGGAAAGACGGGCAGGGUACCACCGCCUGUGGCCAAGAAACCUUCCUUCCUACCCGCUGGUCAGCGACUGCCCUCCACCUCCACCUGUGGCCCAGAGAUGCCCGCCACACAGGCAAACGCACGGCUGCAGCAGGAGACCAGCGGUCAACACCAGGAGAAAGGGAAGCUGAAGACUGGGAAUGGGCAAGUGUGCCUGGAGGACUGAAGAUCUCAAUGCCAAUCCUCAGGAUAUUGCUGCACUACUGGUCAAAGAUAACUUCCCUGCUGGAGUGGACCUUACAAUCCAAAGAAACAAUUCUCAGAAAAGUCUUAUUGCUGAAAAAUAAUAGCCUUUUAAUGCAAAAAUAAGAAUGUUUGCUGCACCUUGACUUUGUAUAGUAGUGAUGCUUUCUAUGAAGCAAUGAGUUUGCUGGAGAAACUGUUGAAAGGCUUUAAACAAUGGAAGCAGCACCUCUUGGUUCUGCAUUGUGCAAUUGUCAUGCCCCUGGUGGUUGGAUGUCCCUGGUGGGGGUUUCAACUGUCCAGAAUAUCUGAGACCGUUGCAGCUGAGAAUAUUAUUGCCUUGCCUAAUCAACCAAUCAAACAUUUUACAAAAUCAGAAGGAAGCACACUUAUGUCAAGAGAGGGGGUUGGGUUUAAUUUAUCUGCAAAUCAACAGCCGCUCGUGAUUUACAAAUGUAUUUUCUGUCUUAACUUAUGCAGAAAGAUUUUAGUCACCCAAAAUCAAACCAAAAGUUCUGUCAAACAGCAAUGCCCUUCUGCUUAGAUCAGGAGUCGGUGUAGGUACUGACCAGAGUCCAUGGAGACAGGGAGCCUCAUCCAAUGAGCUAUGCACUGUCACAGCCUUCACAAACUGCUGGUCAGUUCCUCCGGCGAUCCUUCCACCCACCAUUGUGCCUUUAUCUGAGGGUGCUGUGCCUUCCAGUGUGUGGCAGCACAUUCAGGGAGGGUGGUGCGGCAAGUGGAGUGGUGAAUGGGCACCAGCUACAGCGGCUGAUUGAUAUUGAACCUGACAACUUGCAGCCAGCACCUGGAGACCCAAGGUGACCACACCCUCACCUGGAGACCCAAGGUGACCACACCCUCACCUGGAGACCCAAGGUGACCACACCCUCACCUGGAGACCCAAGGUGACCACACCCUCACCUGGAGACCCAAGGUGACCACACCCUCACCUGGAGACCCAAGGUGACCACACCCUCACCUGGAGACCCAAGGUGACCACACCCUCACCUGGAGACCCAAGGUGACCACACCCUCACCUGGAGACCCAAGGUGACCACACCCUCACCUGGAGACCCAAGGUGACCACACCCUCACCUGGAAGACCCAAGGUGACCACACCCUCACCUGGAAGACCCAAGGUGACCACACCCU